AUGAACACUGAUCUGGAGAUAUACAAAAAGAAAACUGAUUUGGUUACUAUUCUGGAGGAGAUAUAUUUUUUGGCCUCAGCUGUUCGUGAGCAACCUGAAGUGGAGAGCUCUGGUUCAGGUUGUGAAAUCUGGACCCUGAUGGUCAAUAGACUUCUGGCCGCGUACAUUCGGCUGUGCCCACUUGGUCUGCUGCGUUCGCGCCCACCUUUCCCUUCCCCCCCUCCCUCUGGCCCUGGGCUGGUGGCGGCCCUACCCCCCCGCUGGCGCUGGUGGUGCUGCCUCCCUUAUGCUUCCGCUGCGCCGGGCGCCCACGGUCCUUGGCUUUUCCCUACGGCCGCUCCGGUGCUCUACAAUCUUAGGCCGGGAUCCGGCCCCGUCCCUUCGCCCUCCCGUAGUUAUGGAUCCACUGUAUCUCCAGUUGGUAUAUCAACUUGGGACAAAGCUAAGCUGGACCAGGAUGAACACUCUGAUUCUGUAGAUAUACAAAAAGAAACUGAUUUGGUCUACUAUUCUGGAGCUGUUAGUGAGCAACCUGAAGUGGAGAGCUCUGGUUCAGGUGUGAAACUUGAAAAUGAUGGUCCAAAGAAUGGCCGCGUACCUCGUGCUGUGCCACUUGGUCUUGAUGAGUUCAAGAGCAAAAACAUUAAUUCCAAAACUAAAUCUGGAAAUGGUGAGGCUGGAGGCAUAAACACAGAGUGGAGCCUGGUGGUGCUGAAUACAAUUAUGCUUCAGCUGCGAAGGGAGCCAAGGGAUAAGGACAAGUACCUUCGCAAUCCAUGUUCUGCAGAAGGAAAAUUUGUCGAUAUAGAGCUUUCAGAAGAAACGUUAGUAGAUACAAUUCAAAUAGCUAAUCAUGAGCACUAUUCUUCUAAUUUAAAGGCUUUUGAGCUGCUUGGCAGUUUGGUCUAUCCAACAGAUGAAUGGGUUCUACUUGGGAAUUUCACUGCUGCAAAUAAUAAGCUUGCACAAAGGUUUGAUUUUCAGGAACCCAAGUGGGUGAGAUAUAUAAAGUUGAAUCUUUUGAGCCAUCACGGUUCAGAAUUCUAUUGCACACUCAGUGUUAUUGAAAUUUAUGGAGUGGAUGCUGUUGAGCGAAUGCUUGAGGAUUUGAUUUCUGUUGAAAGCAGUCCGUUUGUGUCUGAGGGAGCAACUGUCGACCAGAAACCUACGUCCUCCAACCCAGACUCCCCUGAGGUUGAUGAAUUUUAUCAUAAUAUUGUUAAAGAAUUGGAACCUGAAUAUGCAGUUGGAAACUCUGACUUGAACAAUGAAAUAAUGAAAAGUGAGGUGCCUGAUCCCAUCAAAGAGGCUCGCCAUCUACAAGUUAACAGGAUGCCUGGGGACACCGUUCUUAAAAUACUAAUGCAGAAAGUUCGUUCCUUGGAUUUAGUUUAUCAGUUCUGGAGCGAUACCUGGAGGAAUCUAAUUCAAGAUAUGGCAAAGAUCAGAGAAGACAUAAGGAAUCUCCUUGAAAGCCAGGAAAUCAUUGCUAAAGAUGUUCGCAACCUAUUAUCUUGGCAGUCCCUAGUCUCCAUGCAGUUGGGUAAUUUAGUCAGGGACAAUGCUAUCCUCAGAUCUGAGGUUGAAAAGGUGAGGGAGAAGCAACAAUCUGUAGAUAAUAAGGUGUUCAUAGAACAGACCAGUCCAGGAAAUUUUGUCGGUUGA